UUGUUUCUUCCUUACUACGCUUCCUUUCUAAUCAGGGAAAAUCUGAGGACUAAAUAGGUUGAGGUGGCAUUUAAAAUUACCUUGGCUUCUUGCCAAUUGCCUCCAUCCAUGUGAUAUCAAAUCAGUAUGUAUCGUGAUGGUGAGCUAUCUAGAAUUCUUCUCAUUACAAACUGAAAGAAUUCAGUCUGCACGAAAGAAAGGACUAGAUACAUCAUACUAGUGUCCGAUCAAAGGAAGCCAUAGAUUUUGUCAUGGAUUUCAAGUGAUUUGGACCUAUUAUUCUUUCUUUUUAAAUUGAAUCUCAUUUGACAUCAGGAAAAACAUCUAAAUUGUUUGGUGCUUCCCUGUAAUGCCUGUAAUUCAGCACUAUCGACAAUUUGUAAACAAGUUUUUUUAAAUUUGGGCAAGUAGUGUGUCGAAAACCGAAAUAUCUGAGACAAAUUACCAAACACAGUGUGAAGGGAAAUUGGGUUAUACCAGCAUAUAACAGAUUCAAAAUAAGACAAUGUGAAUUAUUUAUUUCAGUAAAUUAUAUCCUGUACCUUUAACCGCUUGAAGUGCAAACGAAGUGCUAGAUUCCAGUGCGUACGUCACAUCGGUUGGAAAUGAAGAAUAUUUAACUUAAUUUGAAACGUUACUAAUUACUAUGAUUAGCUUCAUUAAGUGGUUUCACGGAGACAUUCAUCUGUGUGAUAUCAACAUAGAACUCUGAGCAGAAGUGCACCAGUCCUGGUCACUGUACCUCCCAAAGAAACAAAACUGUAGAAGACAAAUGUAAUGGUACUACAGUAAAUGAAGAUUAAUGGAAGAAAAAAUAGUCAGGAUAAGUUCAGCUGGCAUUCGCAAAUUCACGAUGGAAAAAGAGUUACCGCAUUUGCAACUGCGUCGGUUUCUUGCGGGUACGGGGGCUGGGACAACGUCAGUUAUCUGCACGUAUCCACUUGAUGUUGCUAGAGCACGUAUGGCCGUCACAACUUCUUCCAGAUAUUCUAGUCUAUUUCAUGCUAUUCAAACAAUUUAUACGGAAGAGGGAAUAUAUGCACUUUAUCGUGGUUUUUCGCCUGCUCUGCUCGGUAUUAUACCUUAUGCUGGGACAGCGUUUUUCACUUUCGAAACACUGAAAGAAAAGCGUCUAGACAGACAAAUGCAUCUCACUGGUGUACGGCCUAAAAAGUUACGUCCAGUAGAAAAUUUGUGUUGCGGUGCAGUAGCGGGUAUAUUAGGACAGACUGCAUCAUACCCACUGGAUAUUGUUCGGCGACGAAUGCAAACAGCAAAUAUUACAGGUCAUCCAGAAUAUACAGAAAGUGUGUAUAAAACAUUGCGGUUUGUGUAUCGAGAUGAAGGCCUAAUUCAUGGUCUUUACAAAGGUUUAUCAGUUAACUGGAUCAAAGGUCCGAUUGCUUCAGGGAUUAGUUUCACAGUCUAUCAUCAACUUCAACAUUAUUUCCGCCAACUAAUAAAUGACUGAUCACUGCAGUAAAUUUUAAAUUCAUUUUAGCAACCCUGUAGACAUAUAUUUUUGAACUAAACUUGGUCUUUCCCACUGCAUAUUACGUAUUUUUCUGCUUUCUUGUUUUUUAAAUAAAUGUUCGUACUGCAAUUAGUCAACUUGUUCACACUUGCUGAUGAAGAUUUUAUCCUAGUAAAGUGCAUUUGAUGCUAACUGCCUUAUUGUUUGUUGUUACUUACUUACUUACUUAAAUUAUUUGUAUUAUUGUGCUUUGUUAGCCAAAUCGAACGUAACCACAUUCUUCAUCAAGUGUUUAUUACCUUAUUUUUCCAAAAACGUAUCAUUAUUUUUCUUUUGUAAAAACUCAGUUACAAACACCUAUGCUCAUUGUCUGUUGUCGUCUUUCUAUCCUAUUUUCACAAAUUUCGCUUGAAACCUGUUUUACCUACUGUUUUGCUUUUGUGUUUGUUGCACAAGUACUUUGAUUCCCUGAAAAAGGAGGUGAAGAUUAUGCCUUACAAAGGCAUGCAUUCAUUAUGAAGUUCAUGGGCAGUACACUGUUCUCUCUUUGCAUAUAUUUUUCUCUGUAUAAUAAUAAUUAUUAUCAUUUGAACUAUAGAUGUAUUAAACUUGUAAAAUAGUUUUGUAUUGUAGUAGUAACUAAUUUGUUUUAUUUUUGUAAUGACUUAUGUGGGCUCAUACAAUCUCAAUGAAUUUCAUCUUCACAUUUAUUUUCUUCCUAUUGACGGUGAGGUCGUAUACAACUUAGUUCAUGUUAUCACCUGUUUUCACUUAGUUCUACCUGCUCUUGUUUAUUAGCUAAAAAGAGACUGUCGUCACUGUUACUUUUCAGAAUAGUUCUUCUCUUUCUUUUUGAUUAGUUUCGCUCCUGAAUAUACGUGUGCUUGUACACACUUUUGAGGCAAGAAAUUUACAUAUUUUUUACAAGCGAACUUUUACAGCUUUGUGUAAAAAAAAUAUGCUUGUCUGCGCUUCUUGUACGUGUCUUUUUCCCUUUCUCCCUAGUUUACUGUGAGCUAAAAGGCAAAUGAUUUCAUUCAACAGUGACGUGUUUCUAAGUAUCUUUAUUGUUUAUUUGCUUAGACGAAUUAUGAAUCACUCGAC